GUCAAUUCCAGCCAUUAAAGACUUCGUUUUUUCCCCUGUAUCUCCGACCUAAUAUUGCAGUCAUAAACGCUAAAUAGUUGUGCCUCUUAAUUGAAUCGUGUUGAUCUCGCAUUUGAAUCUUUUAACAUGCAGAGUCACCGGAUGUGCUUGAAACUCUUACUUGCAUUUGCGCUGCUUUUGCUGCGGUGCGUCCAAGGCGGAGAAGUUAGUCGCAAGCACCGGGAUGCUACCGUGACCGGGAGGUGCAUAGAGAAGGAAAGGCAAGCACUCCUUGCAUUCAAACGUGGCCUGGUGGAUAAGUCCGAUCUCCUCUCUUCAUGGGGUUCAGAAGCUCAGAAACAAGAUUGUUGCAGAUGGAUAGGAGUCUCUUGUAGCAACCAAACAGGUCAUGUUCUUCAACUUGACCUUUCAAACAAAGUUGUGGGCGCACAUUCAUGGAAUUAUUAUUCUUUGGAAGGUAAGAUGAUUAGUCCUAAACUGAUUGAGUUGCAGUACUUACACUAUUUGGACCUUCAUGAUAUUAAUUUCUAUGGGAGCCAUAUUCCAGAUUUCAUCGGUUCUCUAUCCAAUUUAAGAUACCUUGAUUUGUCUAAUACUAAUUUUGGAGGCAAGUUUCCAAGUCAGGUCGGAAAUCUUACGAACUUGCAGCAUCUGGGCUUGAGUUUUAAUGACUUUACAAAUGCAGAAAAUCUUGAUUGGCUUCCUCUUCUUUCGUCAUUAAGAUAUUUGGACUUGAGUGGCACGAAUCUCAGCAAUGUUUUCGAUUGGCCGGAAGCCAUUAAUAAGCUUCCUGAACUAACAAACUUGACACUAUGGGAGUGUGAUCUUCCUUCUCCAAUUCUUUCCACUCUUUCUUACAUAAACUCUUCUAAAUCUCUUGCUAGCGUUGACCUUUCUUCCAACCAAUUGAGUACUUCAAUAUUUCUAUGGUUGUCCAACUAUAAUACUAGCCUUGUUUAUCUUGACCUCACUUAUAACUUUCUAGCCGGUUCAAUUCCUGAUGUUUUGGGACAUAUGAGCUCUCUGGCAUAUCUUUCUCUCUCUAAUAACCAACUUGAAGGAUGGGUCCCACAUUCUUUUGCCAGCAUAUGUAGUUUGCAAUCAUUGGAUCUCUCAAGCAAUAUUCUGAGUGGACAACUUUCUAAGUUUGUUCAAAUAUUAUUCUCUACAUGUGCUCAAAACUCAUUGGAGAUUUUGGAUCUCGGUUUGAAUAAUCUUGCAGGGUCAUUACCUGAUCUUACAAACCUUUCAUCUUUGGAAGUCUUGAAUCUAAAUAACAAUAAAUUCAGUGGAGUAAUUUCAGGAACUCAUUUCUCAAAACUCUCCAAAUUACGGGAUUUGGUUCUCUCUUGGAAUGAUCUUGCAGGGCCAUUACCUGACCUUACAAACCUUUCAUCUUUGGAAAUCUUGUUUCUUAAUAACAAUCAAUUAAGCGGAGGGAUACCUGAAAGUAUAGGGGGAAUGUCGAAGCUCAAUACUAUUGAUUUUCCACAUGAAUUCUUUGGAAGGAGUGAUUUCAGAAACUCAUUUCUCAACACUCUCGAAAUUACAGUAUUUGGAUCUGUCUUCUCAAAAUUCUUCUAA